AUUAACAUUGACAACUUAAGAAGCCUACUGCUCCAAUUUGAAUAGGAAACGUUUGUAAUUAACAUACUCCUUGGAUUUUCGAUAGUUCUAAUCGAAAAAAAAAAAAAAACUACAGCAGCAGCGAUCUUAGAUGUUUUAAGGCACCUUAAACACACCUGUUGUACGAGUUAGUUUAUUCCUUUUAUUUAAAAUGGCAUCUGCCGAAGGGGACCCAAACGAAGACUGGAUAUCAAUGAUUCCUAAAUUUUCUCCCAGUGUGCAAGCGGCGAUUGACAAAGUGAUGCCUAGCAAUGAUCCACUUGACCACCCAGACUUUAACCCUGUAGAUUAUAUCAAUUCGUUGUUUCCUACUGAACAAUCUUUAUCAAAUAUAGACGAUGUUAUUAAUAAAAUGGAAAAUGAAAUUUCUCAUAUCGACACAGAGAUUCGUACAAUUGUGAGGAGUCAAACAAACAAUGCUCAGGAGGGAAAAGCUGCACUGGAGCGUGCACACAAGUCAAUGAAACAGUUGUCCGUGCAGAUAAAGGAUAUUAAAAGUAUGGCCGAACAAUCAGAAGAGACCGUCAAGGAGAUAACAAGGGAUAUUAAGCAGUUAGACUUUGCUAAAAAGAAUCUCACACAAUCUAUCACUGCCCUGAAUCAUUUGCACAUGCUGGUGGAUGGUGUUGAAACUCUUAAGGAUUUAACAAAGAAAAAACAGUAUGGAGAGAUCGUUCUACCUCUGCAAGCAAUCAUGGAAGUCAUGCAGCACUUUAACAAUUACAUGGAAAUACCUCAAAUAAAAGAAUUAUCCGACCAAGUGCAACAAAUCCAUGUAGAAUUAGCUCAGCAAAUUACAACAGAUUUCAAAGAAGCUUUUUCAGGUCAAAAUCCCAAGCACUUUGCACAAUUAACAGAAGGAUGUCUGGUAUUGUCUGUUUUGGAUUCAAAAGUCAAAAAAGAGCUUUUAUCUUGGUUUGUGAUGAUGCAGCUGCAAGAAUAUACUCAUUUGUUUGACGAAAAUCAAGAAUUCGCCUGGCUGGACAAGAUCGAUCGUAGGUACGCGUGGAUAAAAAAACACUUGCUCGAGUUCGAGUCGAAAUUCGGCAACAUAUUCCCGGUAGAUUGGGAAGUCUCUGAGCGCAUUGCCGUACAAUUUUGUCAUACAACGCGCGAGGAUCUGAACAAAUUGAUGCACAAAAGAUCCUCGGAAAUAGAUGUCAAGCUUUUGCUCUACGCCAUACAGAGGACCUCCAAUUUCGAGAGCUUGCUAUCCAAAAGAUUCACAGGUAUAACACUCGAGGAGCCAAAGAGACAAGAAAAAAAAGAUUCUGCACCAGCGAUUGCGGCGGCUGCAAGUACCUCUACUGAUCCUAGCAUUCCUAGCAGUCCCUUCGAGGAGAGCUCCGAAAAAGUUGAGCAAGAGAAACCGCCGUCGUCUCCGUUCACCAAUUUAAUCGGCAAGUGCUUUGAGUCAUAUUUGUACAUAUACAUCGAAAGCUUGGACCGAAACUUGGCGGAACUCAUCGAAAAAUUCGUGGCAGACUGCAAGGCUCAGCCACCCGGUGCCCAAGCUUACGAGGGUGCCGAAGGUCCGAGCAGCGUCUUAUCCUCUUGCGCUGACCUUUUUGUAUUUUAUAAAAAGUGCAUGCUCCAGUGCACACAGCUCAGCUCUGGUUCAAUUAUGCUCAAUCUAGCUGAGACCUUCCAAAAGUAUUUACGCGAAUACGCUAUGAAAAUCUUGCAGAAUAAUCUGCCAAAAAUCGGAGGAGUAAGUAUUGGGUCUAGUGUAAGCAGUAUAACACGCGAGUUUCGGGAUUUGUCGACGUCGGGUUUCAUUCAAAAUUUUCAAAGUUUUUUGAAGGAGGGUGAGAGUAGCAGAUUCAACAAAGAGGAGCAAGCUCGCAUUUGCUGUAUUUUGACGACGGCUGAAUAUUGUCUUGAAACUACACAACAAUUGGAAGAAAAACUUCGCCUCAAGACCGACAAGAUUUAUGCAGAUAAAAUAAAUUUAUCCCAAGAACAAGAUAUUUUUCACGGCGUAAUAUCAAAUUGCAUUCAGUUAUUGGUGCAAGAUUUGGAAUUAGCUUGCGAAUCAGCUUUAAAUACGAUGGUUAAGAUGCAAUGGAGUACAAUUGAAAGUGUCGGCGAUCAGAGUGCAUAUGUCAGCACGAUAACAGCGCAUCUCUGUCAGAGCAUUCCAAGUAUCAGGGAUCAGUUAUCUUCGUGUAGAAAAUAUUUCACACAAUUAUGUGUGAAAUUUGUUAGCUCCUUCAUCCCUAAAUUAACUCAACAAAUAUUCAAAUGUAAGCCACUGAGUACAGUGGGAGCGGAGCAACUAUUAUUAGACGUUCAUAUGUUAAAAACCGCUCUUUUGGACCUUCCAUCCACGGGUUGCCAAAUUCAAAGGAAAGCACCUGUUCCUUACACAAAGGUUGUAAUUAAAGGUAUGACGAUUGCUGAAAUGAUACUCAAAAUCGUGAUGUCGCCAACAGAAUCUCCUAGUGCUUUUGUUGACCAGUGUAGAAAACUCCUGCCUGAUCUUAAGAUCCCAGAAUUUCAAAAAAUUUUGGAUAUGAAGGGUCUUCGAAAAAUGGAGCAAUCUGUAUUGAUAGAGGAAUUCAAGCAAAAACUCAACGCAGAAACAGUUGAAAUGAGAAGCAGCAUCAUUCCAGAGAGCCCAGAACACGAAGCAGGAAGAAUUAAACGAUUAGAAAAAUUAAUAAUGAAGAGAAUGUGA